AUGGGGGCUGAUUCUGCCGUCAAAUUUUUGAAAAAUUCAGACACAAAUCUGCUUUCCGAAGGCGAUCACUCACACUAUAAAGCGCACAUCAACGGCCUUCUCACCAAAACCACAGCAGUUCCUCCUAUUGCUGAAGGAGCAGAAUACGAGUGCGAUGUCUUAAUGACGGGGAAGCUGAAGAAGAAGUCCACACCGAACACCGUCGACGAUAUGAGUAAGAAUUUCAUACGGGCUUCUAAUAUGCUAAUGUGCGUAGAAUAAAAAGUCUUGUCUAAUGCGACACAUAUUAUGGGUGCUGAUCCCACACGCCGAUUCAUGUUUGGCCUAACGAUUGAUAA